GGUAUAAACAAGCAUGGAUGGCCAUCAUCUGUUCAGAUUACUUGGAGCAGGAGCAAAGUUUGAUUUUAAGAGAUUUAAACAAGAUGCAACAAAAUUAAAGCUUGGUGUUGAUCCAAUUGAAGAGAAUCAAGUUAAAGUUAAAGAUGAAGAAACGAAGAAGAGAAAAAUAGAAGAUGUAGAUUCAGAAGAUGAUGAAUCAGACUCAGAAACAGAAAAUAAAUCAAAGGUUCAGAAGACAAACCAAGAACAGCAUCACAAAAAAAAUUUAAGAAAAUUACACAAAAUACAUGUACAUGGAACCGAUAUCCCUCCACCAUUUGAAGAUUUUAAACAGCUGGGUGAGACGUAUGGUCUACAUCGUUUGUUAUUAGAGAAUAUUAAAACAGUUGGUUACAGUCAACCUACACCUAUACAGAUACAGGCUAUACCAGUUAUGAUGCAGCAAAGAGAAAUAAUGGCAUGUGCCCCUACAGGUUCUGGUAAAACAGCAUCUUUUAUUAUUCCAGUUCUGCAUCAUUUACAAGGACCUAAAAAUCUAGGUUUCCGAGCUCUUGUAUUAGCCCCAACUAGGGAAUUAGCAAAACAGACAUUUCGAGAAUUUGACCGGUUAUCUGAAGGAAUGGGGUUCAGAGUUCAUUUCAUCAGUAAAGUGGCUCUAGCAGCUAAGAAAUUUGGACCAAAAUCAAAGAAAAACUUUGAUAUAUUGGUAACAACACCAAAUAGAUUAGUCUGUAUGUUACAAUCUAAUCCACCAUCUAUAAAUCUAUCUAGUGUGGAAUGGCUGGUUGUAGAUGAAUCAGAUAAAUUAUUUGAAGAUGGUAAAUCAGGAUUCAGAGAUCAGUUAGCUGUAAUCUAUAAAGCAUGUGAUGCUAAUAAUGUUCGUCGAGCUAUGUUUAGUGCCACAUUCUCCUAUGAUGUUGAAGAAUGGUGUAAAGCUAAUCUAGAUAAUGUAAUACAAGUCUAUAUAGGUGACAUAAAUGCAGCAGCUAAAACUGUCAAACAAGAAUUGUUGUUUGUAGGAUCGGAGAAUGGUAAACUAUUAGCAGUUAGAAAUAUGAUUAAAAAGGGAAUACAACCACCUGUAUUAAUAUUUGUACAAUCUAAAGAUCGAGCUAAAGAUUUAUUUUCCGAGUUAAUUUAUGAUGGUAUCAGUGUUGAUGUUAUUCAUUCAGAGAGAACUCAAUUACAGAGAGAUAAUGUAGUAGCUAGUUUCCGAGCUGGUAAAAUCUGGGUAUUAAUUUGUACAGAAUUAAUGGGACGAGGUAUAGAUUUCAAGGGAGUUAAUCUUGUCAUCAACUACGAUUUUCCCAACAGUGCUGUUAGUUAUAUCCACAGAAUCGGUCGAACGGGUCGAGCUGGAAGAGAGGGUGAAGCUAUAACAUUUUUUACUGAAGAUGAUGCCACCAAUUUAAAAAGUAUAGCUAAUGUUAUCCGUAAAGCAGGAUGUAUCAAUACCGGCACCGAAACUUGA